AUGGAGGUGCCGGUGCCAAUGAUGCUUUUGAUGAUAUUGCUUGUGAUCUCGCCGGUGGGGAUGCUGGCCUGCACACCAAACGGCGGUGAAUGCAAAGACUGUAUUAUUAGCCAGAUGAAGUAUGGCUGCCCAUCAUGCGUGCCAGUAAUACGCUGCAUGGCGCGGUGCUUGUGGGCUGGUAGCUCAAGGUCUAACUGUGUAAAGAGGUGUGAUUGCAACGGUGGGAGCCCAAAACUCUCCGAUUGCAAGAGAUGCAUGUCACGGUGCAAGUGCAGCUGUGUCGCUUAGACCAAAGGUCUCUCUGGUUUUAAUUAGAUCAUGUAUAACCAUAUCCUUAAUUAUGUGUAUGUAUUUCCAAUCUGUAGAAACAUCUCCUUCUCGUUUUUAA